CUUCAAACCAAACAAACCGAGGGAGGGAAUUCUCCUAAUUCUGACCGAGUUUAGAAAAUUUCAUUCUGGGUUGUGAGCCAAGUUACUGUCGGGCCUUUAUUUUUAAAUUGAGGAAAGGCCCAAGGUGAUCAGUGUUUUUUGCUUUGCGUUCGAAAGCUCACACCAGUGUCCGCCAUCGUCGUUGCUCUUCUUGUUCUUCGUCUCCUUCGUCCUAAAACCCCCCAUUGGCACAGCCUGGGGUUUUUUCUUCUCAAAUGGGUGAACACUGACUAGCAUUGAAUUGAAAUCCAUUAUGGGUUUUUCCAGUGCUUUAUCUCUUUGCUCUCACACUAGCAGCUUUUCUAGUCCCAAGUUCUUUUUUACUCCUAAGUUUGAUUGCAAGACCCUUAAACCCUCCGUGCCUAAACCCCAAAAACCAUUUAUACUCCCAAUAAAUCUUCGCUCUUCUACAAAGCCAUCAAAAAUCGUGACCCAUUUCUCUCAGUCAUCACCUCCAAAUUCACCUUUCUCAAAUGGCUCAAACUUCAGCUGUUUUCCCCCACCCAAGGAUAAUUUUCACCGUUUAUUCUUGGAAAAGAUUGUGGGUUUUCUAAUUGGGACGGCUUUCUUUAUUGGGUUUUUUAGUAUGAGACCAGCUUUGGCUUUACCUGCUCCAACGAGCAGCUCUAGUAUGAAUAGUAGUACCCAAAGUGAAGAAAUUGAAAAGGAAUAUUUUUACCAGGAGAUUUUGAAGAAGGAGCCGAAGAAUAUUGAAGCUUUGAUGGUGGUUUUGUAUGGGAAAAUGAGGAGAGGGGACACAAAGGAGGCUGUUAAAUAUGUGGAGAGGUUGAUCGAGUUGGAACCAGAGGAAGUUGAAUGGAAACUUUUGUUGGCACUUUCUUAUGAGACGAUGGGGAGACUGAGUACAGCAAAACGAUUGUUCAAGGAGAUCUUGAAACAGAGGCCUCUCUUGCUUAGAGCUUUGCAUGGUCUAGCGUUGGUGAUGCACAAAAACCAUGAAGGUCCGGCAGUUUUCGAGAUGUUGAAUAAGGCUUUAGAACUUGCUCGCCAUGAAAAAAAGGUUACCGAGGAGAGAAAUAUCAGAAUUCUGAUUGCACAAAUGCAUGUUGUAAGGGGGGCAUUGGAAGACGGCUUGAAGGAAUUUCAAACACUGGUUAAGGAGGAUCAUCGUGAUUUUAGGCCUUAUCUUUGCAUGGGAAUUGUGUACAGCUUACUGGAUAAAAAGGAAGAAGCUGCAGAACAGUUUGAGACAUACCGGUCUCUGGUGCCAGAAGAAUUUCCACAAAGGGGAUUUCUUGAUGAUGUUGUGUUGGCUGCAAAGUCCAAAUCAAGAGAACAGUUACAGAAAGAGUUUCAGAAUGAAUACACAAAGUGGAAGUAAAAACACCUUUCUAGUCAAGUAAAAUCAGCUCAAGUGGUGUUUUUCUUCGGUCUUUGAAAGUUAUUUUCUGUAAGGAAACAGUUAUAGAUUAAUAUUUUAAAUGCAAUUUUCUUGGCAAUUUAUUCAA